CCGAAUCUUCAGUCUGCCGCCGAGCCCUUCUCGUUGAGUGGGCGGGAAGCUGCCUGCCUCCCUUCUUUAGCGUCUCUGCGCGCCACACAUGGACUGUACGCGGAUGAAUUGGGCGCUGUAAACAUUGCAGAACUUUCCUGGAGGCAUCGUGUGCAAAAUGAACGAGACAGAAGGACUGCGACAGCGGAGGACAAACAGACCGCGGAUAAUCACAGAUGAAGUCCAGGGGCCCGCCGUUAAAACCAGCACAUACAGCGGUAGAGUUUUCCGCAUGACUUUUAUGACCCUGGCCAUUGCACUGCUGGGACCACUGAUUGCUGCACUGAUUUUGUUGGAAUCUCCAAUAGAACCUCAGCUUUUAAGCUUUAGCGAGCCACCUGUUAUGUCCGGUUCGUUGGAGGUGAACAUUAAGCUAAGACAAGCAAAAAGACUUUUUGAAGACCAGCUUGUUGGACCAGAGUCCAUUGCAAAUAUCGGAGAUGUUCUCUAUACUGGAACGGCCGAUGGAAAGAUCAUAAAAAUAGAAGGCAAUAGCCUGCAUAUGGUGGCAACCCUAGGAAGACCUCCCUGUGGUUCUCGAGAGAAUGAGCCAACCUGUGGACGACCUCUGGGUAUUCGUGUAGGCCCAAAUGGAACUCUGUUUGUAGCUGAUGCUUACCUCGGCUUGUUUGAAGUUAACCCAGUUUCAGGAGAAGUAGACGUGCUGGUGUCUACACAGAAUCCAGUGAAAGGCAGACCGCUGUCCUUUGUGAAUGACCUUGAUAUUACACAGGAUGGGAGGAAGAUCUAUUUUACAGAUUCCAGCAGUAAAUGGCAAAGGAGGGAUUACGCUUAUCUUGUCAUGGAAGGCACUGACGAUGGACGGCUCUUGGAGUACGAUACUCUGACCAAGGAAGUGACUGUUCUGCUUGAAGGACUCAGGUUUCCCAAUGGAGUUCAACUUUCGCCAAGUGAAGACUUUGUUCUUGUGGCAGAAUCAACCAUGGCAAGAAUACAGAGAUAUUAUGUGUCUGGACUGAAUAAAGGUGGCGCUGACUUAUUUGUGGAAAAUCUUCCUGGUUUUCCAGACAACAUUCGGCGUAGCAGUUCAGGAGGAUACUGGGUUGCAAUGUCAGCUGUGCGUCCCAAUCCUGGAUUUUCCAUGCCUGAUUUCUUAUCAGAUAAACCCUGGAUUAAAAAGGUUAUUUUUAAGCUCUUUAGUCAGGAGACGGUGAUGAAAUUUAUCCCUAGAUACAGCCUGGUGUUGGAGCUCAGUGACAACGGCGUCUGCAAGAGGAGCUUCCACGACCCAAAUGGAGUUGUGGUGACGUACAUCAGUGAGGCGCACGAGCACGACGGCCAUCUCUACUUGGGCUCCUUCAGGUCCCCCUAUCUCUGCCGGCUGGAUUUAAAUGAGCUCUGAUUGGGAGGGAGGUUUCUUGCUUUCCAUCUGGUUUACUGUUAACACCCUCAUCAUUUAUUUGAAAAAAAAAGAAAAAAAAAAGUGUCGCCUCCACGUUGAACUUUGUGACUGCGUGUAUUGGCAGCAGCGUCAAUGCGUCUGUCCUUUUUCCCCCCAUGAUGCUCAGUUUUCACGACAGGUACACACCACUGCAUGCCUUCGAUUCGUUUGUCUCCUAAAUGAUGCCCCACCAAAUCUCGACCGUGACCCUCACACAGCUCCGUGUCAUUUGAGAUGCGCUGCUAACAAUUUUCUGUUCCAUUGGCGGUCUGUCGUUUCUGCAGUCCUGGCUUCACCUUCACUCCCGAUUGCAAGCAUGUGUCUCAGUAAAGGAAGCCAUAUACUAUGAUUGAAUAAUCAGGUACUCGUGAAAAAAAGAAAAAUAUAAAUAAUUCAAUAAAAGCAUGUGCGGUUUUAAAACACAGGCUUACGACUGUUUCUUGUAAAUAGCUCCUGUCAGGUUAGCAAUAAAAAGAUUUUUGAUAAAAAAAGAAAGCGAAGUGACCACUCGAUCAGGCUGGCAGCGAGCCGAUUCUAUCAGGCUAUUAAACCAUUCAUGUGUUCAUCUCAAAGGGUUAAAAACAACGAAUCUGAUCAUUUGAAUGUCAUUUCGAGACACCAAGCGCUUUGCUACGCUCUUCAUAACGCUAACUGAAUCGUUUCAACAAUGACGACCUUCAGCGCUUUACUCCUGUUGUAGCCGAUUUGUGUUUCCUUUGGCUAGUAAUGGAGUCCGAUCUCGUUUUUUUUUUACUGCACUGGGUUAUUAUCAAGCGUAAUUAUUCAGGCGUUGGAAGGACGGAACAUUCAGUGUGAAACUCCUUCAUGUUCAGCGCAUGUUUGACACAAACAGUUGCAGCUCCACACGCAUGCGUAUUACAGAAUGGCGAUCAGAAAGCAAACCAGAAGUGAAUUGGGUAAAAACUAAUAAAUGAGCUAAAAGAAGCGCCGUUCACUCCACUGGUAUUCGUUUCAUAAGCCCGUUUUGUAUUCUGGGAUGUUUGUCGGAUUUGCUGCUGCGGUGUUCGUACUGUCUGACGAUGGCUGCGUGGCCUCCUCGUGGAUAAGACGAGCAGACUCUCUGGUUUAUUGAAACACAGUGACAUUGAGUCAUGGCCUCUGUCAUCGGCCGGUCGUGUCUCGUCACUAAUGCUGUUGACAUCAGUUUCACCCUCACAGAAUUGCUUAACUGCUUUGAUCCAAUUUGACAUUUUGUUUCAGUCGUAUCUUUGUCAGUUAUGAAGGGAUGCAGUAUUGCGCUUUGAAGAAUACACGCUGCCUUACUGGGAUAAAUCAUAGAAUGGCUACGUUGGGAUUAUUAUGAGCCACAUAACCCAAAUCGGGAAUAAGCAACUAACGGAACAACAAUCAUGACAUUGAAAACGCGGUUACUCACCCAUGGGCUCGUUCGUAAGGUCACGACAGCGAAGUGUCUUGCUGCUCAGAGUCACGUGAUCCGUCACCCCCGUCACGUGCAGCUGUCUGUCUCGCCUCAGUGCGUCUUAUUUACAAGAAUUUUCUUGUCUUUCAGCACUCAAGGAUAGGAAUUGUUGACAAAAGGUUGACUUCACUAAUGGCACCAUGGACGACCAUUAGCAUUAAUAAGGUGACAUUAAUGACCUGAUUGAAAACAAGCAACUGCAGGAUUGUGAGGUAGUGGCCCAAAGGGUGAAGGGGGCACCACAGAGUUUUAUGAAAAUGAAAUCAUGUCAUUGGGCUUAACGGUCUUUCCAUGUUUGUGUAAUAAAAUUGGGAAUAAAGAGCAAAUUUGUCAAUCAUA